AUGUUGGGCCUUGUGGGACAGUAUUCUUACAAUCAACUUGAGGAGCGCCAGGCACGGCUCCAAUCAGAACCAGCGUCGACAAAAACAUGGGCCGAACGGAUGGCCGAUUCUCGAUGGAUACCAAUCAGAAAUCUGUCUGAUGAACAGUAUAAAACCAUGCUGCAAGAAAAGCUACUUGGUGUCGACGUGGAAAUCGCAUUGAUCGACGACAGGUUGAAAGAAUUGAAAGCCUCUGGAGAUGAGAAACCAGACCCUGGUAAAUAA